AUGGGCAACCACCGCGCCGGCGUACAUCGCAAAAACAGCAAAAAAUCCAACACUCCGCCACCAGUCAAAGUUCAAACCUCCAGGCAACUCCGCCAAAGAAAUCCACCGUCUUCCAGUAAUCAACAAACUCGCAACGAGCCAAAAUCUCCAACCCCUUCGUCCGUAUCUAUAAACUCGGAAGAUAGCUGGGACAGCAAUGAGUCUAUACUCUCUAACUCACUCACUCAGGAAUCAAACCUUCAUCAAGGUGUAAAAACCAUUCAGAAAAACCCAGCAUCUACUUCAGAUAAAAAUCAUGUAUCAAAUAAAACUCAAGCCAACACUAACUUUUCAGAAGAUUAUCAGAAGAUUCACUUCAAUCAUCAACCAUAG